GGUCGUCUUCUGUUCUCAAGCUUCCUUUGCUUACCGCUAGAUUGAUGCGUGAGUUACGAAUAUCGAUGUUUUAUACUGUUCUACUGCUCUUCGUUGUUUUGUAGCCUUUGAAAUCCGUUUGCCGGUUAAACGAUAAACAUUCUUCCCAGAGUUCCCGAGAUACGGCAGAGUUUUUUUUAAACUUAGUUUUCACAAAUGGAGAUUCAGCAGGAUCUCAAAGAUAACUGCGAUAACGAGAAAAUAGGUUUUGAAGACAAUGAUAGCAAUGCAGAAGGAUCAGAAAGUUCUGACACUGAUGAUUCAGAAAAAGAAAGGGAAGAACAUUACGCGUUAGAAAGAAGGGUUGUCGAGUUACGGAAGGAGCUUGCAAAAUCUCCAAAUACAUACAACACUCAUGUAGAACUCAUUAGUUGUCUGAGAAAACUUGGAGAACUUGAUCAAUUACAGCAUGCCAGAGAAAAUAUGCAUGCAAUUUAUCCCUUGACAGAAGAACUAUGGCUAGAAUGGCUACGAGAUGAAGCUAAACUCUCAUUAUUGGAUGAAGAUAAAAAAAAAGUUGAAUCACUCUUUCACAGGGCAACAGAGGAUUACUUGAGCAUUGAUAUCUGGGUGGAAUACAUCCAGUUUUGUUUAGCUGGCAUGGAUAUUGGAGGUGCUGAAGCAUUGGAAAAAAUUAGAAAAGUCAUGGAAGAGGCCGUUCGUCAUGGAGGUUUGCACGUCGUAAAGGGAGGUUUACUAUGGGAUUCCUAUCGUGAUUUUGAAAUGGCCAUAUAUCAGUCAACCAAAGGGAAAACCGAAACUGAAAACAUAAAUCAAUCAAAAAAAAUCACCCAUCUCUUCAACCGACAACUCUCAGUACCGUUGCUUGACAUGGAACGAACUUGGAAAGAGUAUAAUGAGUGGCUCGACAUUUUGGAUCAGAAAGUCGAAACGCACGUGAAAGCUUCAUACGAAAAAGCAAAAUCACAACUGGAAAAAAUGUCACCUUUGGAAGACACCCUUCUUAUUGCUGUUGAAAACAAUGACAAAGCUGCCGUUUACCGUACUUAUUUGGAUCUUGAGAUGAAAGAAAUUAAAGAUCCCGCACGCAUUCAAGCACUUUUCGAGCGUGUGGUAGCCGAGUUACCACUGUAUGAUGCCUUCUGGAUGGAUUAUUGCAAGUAUAUCGAUCGUCAAUUUAAAACUGCGGAGACAACUUUUGCAGUUUUUCGAAGAGCAGUUCGCAAUUGUCCAUGGAAUGGUCCCAUAUGGGCUAGUUAUAUUUUUGCUGCCGAACGCUAUGAAAAGGAAGACAGUUUCAUUUCGGGAUUAGUGCAAAAUGCGUUUGCUGCUGGAAUGGCUUCGGCGGCAGAUUUGUUGGCUGUGUGGCUGGGAUUCAUUGAAUAUCUUGUCCGUAAAGGCAAAUGGGAUGACAGUGAACAUACCGUCCAACUGCGAGAAGCUUUCACACGAGCGACUGAACAUUUACACCAGAGUUAUGGCAUCGAAGGUGAUCCUGAAUGCAUAUUGUUGCAAUAUUGGGCGUAUCUUGAAGCGAAAAAACUUAACAACAUGACUAAAGCUCGUGAGCUGUGGGGGCAGAUAAUGAGUCAAGGACAUGGCAAAUCAGCUCAAUGGUGGUUGGCUCGAAUUCAGUUCGAAAGAGCAUAUGCUAGUGAUGCCACUGAAGUCCGAAAACUCUUCAUUAAAAGUAUAAAUGCAGUCACGUCGUUGGAUUGGCCUGAGCUAAUCGUGAAGCAAUGGUUACAAUUUGAACGAGAAGAAGGGGAUCUACAAACGAUGGACAACGCUCAACUCAGAUGUGAUGCGCGAAUGGAGAAAGUAAAGAAAGAAAGGGAAAGUGCAAUUGUUAAGGAUUUGGAUACAGUUAAAGGCCGGAAACGAGGCAAAACCGAAGAAAAUAACGAACCCGUAUCCAUCCCUCCUAAAAAAGCAAAACUCGGGCACAAUAGCACUUCGACUACCAAGUCGGACACGAGAAACGCAACCGAAACUCGCACAAAUGCUUCGCAACCGGCGAAGCCCAUAACAAUUCCUAAACCGAUCACCGAUCCGUGUCGUCAUGCCAACACAGUCUUCUUGAGCAAUCUGGACUUUAAUAUUUCCGAGGAAGAUAUACGUGAAACCAUGAGUUCUUCGGGUACCAUAACUGACAUACGCCUGGUUCGGGAUUAUAAGCAACGUAGCAAGGGAUUUUGUUAUGUUGAAUUCUCUUCAUCAGACGAGGUAAAAGAAGCGUUGAAGCGGGAUCGUGAGCCAUUGAAGGGAAGACCGAUGUUUAUUUCGCCUUCGGAACCUGAUUCAGCAUUGAAGCAUCCUGUUUUCAAAUACCAGUCAACUUUAGAAAAGAAAAAGCUAUUUGUAAAAGGGUUGGCUUCCACUACGACUAAAGAGGACUUAGAAACUCUUUUCUCAAAAUUUGGAAUUGUUAAAGACGUUCGGUUAGCCACCUUUCGGACUGGGGUUUCAAAAGGCAUAGCGUACGUUGAGUUUGAAGACGAAGUUUCGGCUACAAUGGCUAUGAAUAAGACGGAUGGAACUACGUUCCAGGAUAGAGUGUUAACCGUUGCACUGAGUAAUCCGCCCCCGCGUCACGAUAAGAAAACCACAGACAGAGAAGAACUAUCUUUGGGUGGAGGUACAAGAGAAAGAAAAACGCAACUGUCCUUUGUUCCCAACUCCAUUCUCCGCCAGGUGAAGUCUUCGACGAUGCCGCCACCACCGCCACCCCUUGGUUCUCAAAAGAGCAACGCAGAUUUUCGAUCCAUGCUACUCAAUAAAAAAUGACUUAACUAU